CACAAGUGUCACAAGGAGACAGAAGUGGAUUUUCAUGAGACAAAGUUCUAUAGUUUGCACACUCGGUCCCACACAGUCUCCUAUAAAAGAUGGAGCAUCUUGAAAACUCAACGGCGUCAUCCAAACGCCUCAUCGUGCACAAUCUGAGCCCCGUGGAAACCCUGGCGGACACUGGCGAGGGAAACGCGUACUUCUAUAUUUUAAUCGUAAUGUGCUUCUACGGUGUCUUCCUCUGCGGAAUUAUGGUGGGUUAUUUCCGCUCCAAGACGAAGGAGAAAAGGAGAAUCAACAUUUUCACGCGCCUGCUGCACGAGGAAGAGCAACGGGAGUGGGGCGCAUUUCCCAAAAAGCAAAGCCUCACUUUUCCGGGCGCAAUCUCGGGGCUGCGCGGGGUUCAGGUGACCCUGCCUUUCUGCGGUUACCACGGCAACCAACUCGGGCACCCCCAUCACGAGGGCUUCCUGCCGUCUCCGCUCGCGUGCGUGCUGUGCACGGAACAGAGCAGCAUUAGUUCCCUGUGCUCCUCCGCGGACAUGCGUUUGACCAUAGAGGAGGAGUCGGACGGCGGCGCGGAGGGGCCGGAGGAGAACGGGAAGGGCAGGUCGGUGAGGAGCGGAGAUGAUUCGGGCUGAACGGAGAGAAAAAUAAAACCCCGCGGUACUGAUCCACUUCCUCUUCAAGAAAAAAAAAAAAAAAAAAAAAGAUUAAACACCUGGGGAGUAGGCUAAAGCAGGAGUCUCAUCAGAGGUCCAAAGAGGGCAGUGGAUGGGGCAAAAUUAUCAGCACUAACAGGACUUUUUGCACAUUUUAUAUCCGUUUGAAACCACACGCACACACGCAUCAGGUUAGGUCACAUGACAUGAGGAUUUGUAAUUUGAGUCAUGCACAUCCACAUUUUAGAGGAAGCCAUGAUGCUCAUGGUUAUUUGUUAUUUGUUGUCAGAACUCAGACAGUGGAUGCAGGGUAUAAAACCCAGCCACAGCAUGUAGAAGUGAAACAGAACAAAUGUUAAUGUAUCAUAAUUUUUCUGCUUAUGCGUGAUUCCUCCUCUUUGUGGUGGCCCCUCCCUGCUGGAGCCCCCACCCGGUUCGGGCUGAUGACUCAUCCUGCAGGGGGCCUGAAUGAAAGACUGGCUGGUUGAGCUUUUGGCUCUCAAAACGGAGAACUUGACUUGUUCUGACCCACCUGGUCUGAGUACCGAAACGUACCUGGAACCCACUUGAAAGGUUGUGAAACAAACUGUUUCUUGUGAUGGACUUUUAACUACACAAACAAUUAAAUAUGUUUACUUGGUGAAAGAGAUGCACUGUAGGCUAUAUGUGUGCGUGUUUGUCACAUUGUCAUGAUUAAUUUAAGAUGGAGCUUUUUCAAUGAUUAAAAACAAUAAAACCUGUGGAAAAGAAA